AUGAGCAGCUCCAAGACGGAGAAGCUGCUCUUCGCGGACGAGGUCGUCGACAUCGAGGCCGACUACGGCGUCGGCCAUGGCGCCACGCCGGUCGAGCGCCCGCAGCCCGCGCUCCAAGCUUCGCGCGACGCCUUCCGGACCCGCACCAUGAGCAUGCCGGUCCGGCGCGGCCACAUUGGCCUCAAGGGCUACUUGCGCAACUCGUUCUUUGUCAAGCGGCUUCUGUGGACGACGCUCACGCUCUUCCUCUUGGACGGCGCGGCCUUUGGCUAUUACGGCUACUACAUGUACCAGCACGUCGAUGCCGACUGGUGGUACGAGAUUCUGCACGCGUACGAGCCCGUCGUCGACAUCUCCGACUCGUGCGCCAAGUGGCUCAAGUUUGGCUGGACUGUCUACUGCACGGCGCCAUUUGUGCUCUUCCUCGGUAUCACGGGCACGGGUUUCCGGUGCUUUGACCUCUUCAAGCGCGCGUCGCCCAAAGACGAAGAGACCACGGAACACCGCAUGGCGAUGCAGCGCAUUAGCCAGAAAGUGCAGCGCACGUGGUACCUCCAGGCGUGCGAGAUGAUCUGCUCGUUCCUCAUGCUCUACCAAGUCGCGCUCCUCAUUCUCGGCGUCAUUACGCUCGUGCAAUCGCAGUUUAUGGCCCACAUGUGCGCCGAGGUUCCCGCGAUCGUCUUUUGCGCCGGCGCCAUCGUCACGUACAUCGUCAUGAUUGUCCAGAUCACGUACUUCACGCGUCUCCGCGACCACCUCAAGAUGCAGCUCGGUGCGUUCAAGGAAGGCGAGCUCACGGGCAAGGCCAAGGCCGAGCCGGCGAUGCUGGAUGCCAACACCAAGCUCAAGAAGCUCGUCGCCGAGGUCAAGAAGCGCUUGUACACGGCCGCCGAGCUCGGCAACGUCGAAGACCUCCGUCAAGUGCUCGUGUUUGCGCAAGACAACCUCGGGCACGACUUUGCGGCGCAGCACUAUGGCUCGGCCCGCCUGCACUGGUUUUUCAACUUUUCCAAGAAAAAUCCCAUGCACGUCGCAGCCAUGAACGGCAACGUGGUCAUGCUGCAGCUGCUGUACGACGCGGGCUUCUCGGUGAACGCGCUCGACAAGGUGGCCCGCGUGCGCUUGAGCACUGGCGACUUUUUUUGGUACCUCUCCCAAGUGUUUGUCAAGCGCGUCGUCAUCUCGGCCGACGAGUCGGCCAAGCAGAUCUUCAAGACGACGCUGGUGUCGCCAUUGCACUGCGCCGUGUCGGCGUCGCGCGUCGACGCGGUCCAGUGGCUCAUUGACCACGGGUCCGAUGUCAACCAAGUGGCGCGCUCGACCGUCAAGCACGAGCGUGUGCCGCCCAUCUUCUUUGUGGACCACCCGACCAUCAUGGAGAUGCUGCUCGUGGCCAACGCCGACCACCUCCAUGUGCCCGACCCGGGUGGUAUGAACACGGUCACCGCGCUCGAGCUUGCGUACCUUCGGGGCAACUAUGCGGUCGGCGCUGUGCUCGAAGACUGGGGCGGUGACGUGGCGCUCACGCCGCUUCAUCUCGCGGCCGGCCUCAACAACGUCCGCAAGGUCAAGAAGAUUCUCAAGUAUUGCAUUCCCGACUGCCUCGGUGAGUACGGCUACUCGGGCUUCAACCGCCGAACGCCGUUGCACUGGGCGGCCGUGAGCGGCAGCACCGACACGCUGCAUUUGCUUUUGGAAAAGGGCGCAAACCCCAACUUUCAAGACGCGGGCGGUCGCACGCCACUGCACUGGGCCGCGCGUUGCAACCGUGUCGAAGCGGUCCAGCGCCUGCUGCGGUACGGAGCCAACCCGUCGAUCCGCGACCACGAGAGCAUGACGCCGAUCCUCGCCGGCGCGUACGCCGACAACUUGUCACAGGAGCUCCUCUCGGCCAUGGUGACGAGCGGCGGCAACAUCAACGACGCGCUCGCCGACUCUGGCGACGCGGCCCUGCACAUUGCCAUGAAGCGCGGGAAGAAGGCGACAGCGCUCGCGCUCCUGGGGGCGGGCGCCGACGUGAUGCAAGUCAACGGCGACGGGUGCCGGCCGCUGGACUGCACGACGUCGACCGAGCUCCAGUUUGCCGUCAAGCGCGCGGCCGGCAGUCGCGACGUCAUGAUUAGCUACACGCAUUCGCACAUGGAGUUUGCCAAGAAGCUGCGCACAAGCUUGGAAAACAACCACAUUACGACCUGGCUCGAUCUCAUGGACCCGAGUGGCAUUGGUGGCGGGUCGGUGUGGCGCGAAGAGAUUGCCCGCGGUAUCUCGAGCGCGUCGUGCGUUGUGAGCAUUCUCACCGAAGACUACCCCAAGUCGGAGUGGUGCUUGAAGGAACUCGCGCUCGCCAAGCAAGUGGGCACGCCCGUCCUAGCGCUCUCGACCGAGAACGUCAAGAUUGGCGAAGAGCUCCAGGUCUACUUGUACGCGCGGCAGAUUGUCCCAUUCGAGUCGGCGAUCACCGCCGUCGAGAAAAGCAACCCGCGCAACAUUACGUAUGAGUACAACGAGGCGGCGUUUGCGCGUCAGUUUCGGUCGCUGCUCGACGGCGUCCGCGACGAGAUCGAGAAGAAGCGCCAAGCGCUGGCCACCAAGAGUGGCGCCAACUUGGGCUGGACCAUGGUCGACACGUUCCUCAACAACAAGACGUCGAGCGAAGCGGAGAACGCUCCGUUUGUGUUUGUCGCGUCGGGGGACAUGCACGAGGACUUUGUGCGGCAGCUGUACACGGAGCUCAACCCGUAUUGCCGCGUGUACGUCGACCACCCGAGCCCGGACGGCGACAUGACAACGCGGAUCCAUGCGGCUAAAGAGGCGAUCCUCAAGUGCUCGUGCUUCAUCAUUGUCUUGUCAGCCAAGAACCAGAACGAACUCAUUCAGGACCAGCUCGCGUUUGCCGAAGACAAGGGCAAGACGAUUCUGCCCAUCAUGCUCUCGGACCCGACGUCGUACCUCGGCUUGGCGCACCAGUACACGCUCUCGCGCAACGAGGUGUACCACUUUGCGCAAAACCUCGGCUUUGCCUCGAGCAUGAAGAGCCUCAUGGGUGGAGUCCGCAAGGCGAUUCCGAACGGGAAGCGCCGCGUGGCCCGCAGCGUCCUCUCGCCCCACACACUCAUGGAGCCCCAAGACAGCAUUCGCUGGAGCUUUUCGAGCUCGCACGCCAACACCGACUUGUAA